AUGGGAUUAGAGGAGCAAGGAAGGACUUGGUGCAUGGACGCAGCUCAACCGGAUACGCAAAGGAAGAAGGAGGAAGUCAUCUUGAAGAUCAGCUCGACCACUAGCUCGACCGGAUGGUCGAGCUCCUCAACUCGACUGGCCAAGCUUCAACUCGAUCGAGCUGAGAAGUCAACAGUCAAACCCGAAAAAUAUGCAAGGGAGCUCGACCAAGAGCUCGAUCGAGUUGAUGAGCUCGACGAGCUCGAUGAGUUGGUCGAGUUGGUGUAA